AUCCUUGACUUAUUCAUAUAAACCAUGAUACCAUGUGGAUUUGAUGAUGAUUAAAUUCUCUAUUCUCUGGGUUCAUCAAUUUCAAUUUUUUUUCAGUUUAAUUUCCACAAUACAAAAGCUAAAGUUAAAGUCAUGACAUUGAUACUGAAUAAAUUAGGAAAACAAAUCAAACAAACGAUUCAUUUGGUCAAUGGAUCAGCAGUCAAUUUUAUUAAUAAUCAAUCACCGUUAAAUUUUGUUCGUUUUUUGGCAUCAAAAUCAGGAAAAAAUCCAUUUCCACAAUAUAUUAAUCUUCCACCUAUUUCUCCAUUAUCUGGUAAAGGUCAUACAUUUGAAACACGAAUUGAACGUAAACGAAAAAUUGAAGAUCCAAAUGUACCAAGUUUAAAUUCAAUUAGUGAAUUAAAAUGGGCUACAACACGUAUGUUGCGUGAUGUUCGUAGACGAAGAGUAUUCAUCGAUUAUUAUCCAUUUCGUCAAUGUUAUUAUAAUAUGAGAAAGAAUCGAACAUUGCCUGAAUCUGUUAGGGAAGAAGCAUACAAACUUGAACGUGCAUUACCACGAGAUUCUAUGUUUCAUUUAUUACAUAGUCGUUGUGCUAUAACUGGUCGAUCACGUGGUGUUGUCAAACGUUAUCGUAUGAGUCGUUUUUGUUUUCGAAAUUUUGCCGAUUAUAAUCAACUUUCUGGAGUGAUUAAAGCUUGUUGGUCAUAAUUUUUUUUUGUUGGCUACAAAUAAUAAUAAUAAUUUCAAUUUAA